AUGUCGUUUCUUCGUGGUGUUUUUGUCUGGCUGGUGGUCUUUUUUGGUCUUGCCAUGCCUCUUGCACUCCCUCGAGUUCAUGACAAUGGAACUACUUGGAUGGCCCCUGCUAACAACUUGGCAGUGGCAGACGGCACUGUUUGGCUUCAGGGUGCCGGUGGAUUCAAGUCUGUCGUUUACUUCGUCAAUUGGGCCAUCUAUGGACGCAAGCAUUUUCCUCAGGAUCUGCCUGCCGAUAAGUUGACCCAUGUCCUUUAUUCGUUUGCCAAUGUCCGCCCCGACUCGGGAGAAGUGUACCUGACCGACGAAUGGUCUGACCGGAACAUACACUACCCCGGCGAUUCCUGGCAGGAGGAUCAAGCAAGAAACGUCUACGGCAAUGUGAAGCAGCUAUUUCUUCUCAAGAAGCAGAACCGGAAGCUCAAGAUUCUCCUCUCUAUUGGAGGUUGGACCUACUCUUCCAAUUUUGCCCAGCCUGCCAGCACAGAUGCUGGACGCACUUUGUUUGCACAGUCUGCUCUGAAGCUUGUUCUUGACUAUGGUUUCGAUGGCAUUGAUAUCGAUUGGGAAUACCCUACUGAUGAAACUCAAGCUCAGAACUUUGUGCUACUUCUGCAGAAGUGUCGUGAAACUUUGGACGGUGCUGGCAAUGCGAACCGAAGAUUUCUUUUGACUAUUGCCUGCCCUGCUGGUCCGACCAAUUACUCCAAGCUCAAGCUCCAAGAAAUGACCCCACUUCUUGAUUUCUACAAUCUGAUGGCAUACGAUUACGCUGGAAGCUGGGACAGCGCCGCGGGAAACCAGGCAAACCUCUACCCUUCGAACAACAAUCCGGCCUCCACUCCGUUCUCCACCAUUCGGGCUCUUGAAUACUACACUCAAGUCGGAGGCGUGCCGUCGUCGAAGAUCGUUCUGGGUAUGCCUCUCUACGGUCGUGCUUUCAUGAACACCGAUGGUCCUGGCGCUCCGUACACCGGGGUUGGGGAGGGUAGCUGGGAACAAGGUGUUUGGGACUACAAAGCCCUCCCCAAGCCUGGAGCCACGGAGAACCUCGACCAUGCAACUGGAGCUUCCUGGUCCUACGAUCCCUCCAACAGGAUGAUGGUCUCGUAUGACACCGUCCAGAUGGCUGAGGUAAAGCUCGACUUCAUCAAGCAGCACCAGCUUGGAGGUGCGAUGUGGUGGGAGUCCUCCGGGGACAAGGGCGGCAAGGCGGCACAGAAAGCUGAUGGCAGUCUGAUUGGAACUUUCGUGGAUGGUGUGGGCGGAAUUGGUGCUUUGGAUCAGUCUCCCAAUGCGCUGGAGUACCCUGAGUCUCGGUUUGAUAACCUGCGGGCUGGCUUCGCUUGA